AUGUCGGCGGACAUGAAGAUGUCGAUGGCCUUGAUGUACGAGACCGGGGGGAGGGAGGCCUGGGACUUCGCGUGCUGGGUCGACAGGGUCAGGAGGGAUGUCACGCCCAAGGUCACGCGGGCGGGCGCUGCCUCCGGCUUUAUCCAGAAGGACACCCACUUUGGGAGGAAACGCGAUCUGCUUCGUGCGGGGUUCGUGUUCCUCGCCCUUAUGGAAUACGCGCUGGUGAACGUGCUGCUGGGCGACGGAAGCGACUCGUCGCGGGCCCUCCAGUCCGGCUCGCCUCCGCCACUGCAGCGCGGCUGUUUCAAGUCCGGCUGGUCCAUGCGGCUCCACAACUCGGUCCAUCAGCGCGAGACUGAUGAGGACUCGGGCAUGCCCCUCCCCGCCCCUCCCCCUCCCACCCCGGGCAGAUCCGGUCGCCUCCCGCAGCACCACCACCACCAUCAUCACCACCUCCACCUCCACCACCGCCACAUCCAAGAUGACGAGCACUUCCCGCAGCACCAGGGCUCGUUCCGCGCCCACCAGCUCGCGUCUCCGGCCCCGUCUCUAUCCCCGUCUAUGGCCCCUUCCCUGGUCCCGUCCCAGGCCCCGUCCGGCUUGGCAGCGCUACGCAGGCGGAGGGCCAUCAACGUCGACAGAUUCUCCCGGUUAGAACACAUGCGUAUACAUUUUUAG